AGUGAACUCUGAUGAAUGCUUAAUGACAAGAAUGCAAGAGAUGUCACUUAACUACCACUUCAAAGUGGAGCAAGAAGUUGGUUCUUCUACACAUGCAUUUUUUGGCUUCAAUGGGACUGCUGGAGUUUGGCGAAUGGCAGCACUUAACGAGGCUGGAGGAUGGAAAGAUCGUACCACAGUGGAGGAUAUGGAUCUAGCAGUUAGAGCUAGUCUUAAAGGUUGGAAGUUCUUAUACCUUGGUUCAAUAAAGGUUAAGAACGAAUUGCCUAGUUCAUUGAAAGCAUAUCGUUACCAACAACAUCGAUGGUCUUGCGGUCCAGCAAACCUCUUCAGGAAAAUGAUUUACGAGAUCAUGAUAAAUGAGAAAGUUACAUUGUGGAAGAAGCUACAUGUGAUAUAUAGUUUCUUCUUUGUAAGAAAGAUAGUGGCUCAUAUUGUUACUUUCGUGCUCUAUUGUGUUGUAAUUCCUGCGAGUGUGUGGAUACCUGAAGUCGAGGUUCCGACUUGGGGUACGAUUUAUAUCCCAACCGUCAUAACCAUUCUGAAUGCUGUUGGAACUCCAAGGUCUUUUUAUUUGGUGGUAUUUUGGAUAGUCUUUGAGAAUGUCAUGGCCCUCCAUCGAACCAAGGCUACAUUCAUCGGAAUUUUGGAGGCUCAAAGAGUGAAUGAAUGGGUUGUCACUGAGAAGCAUGGGGGUGCUUCCAAGGCUAAAACUGUAACCAGGCAACAUGGAAGACUAGGCUUCAAACUAAGUGAAAGGUGCACAAUCUUAAUAAUAGUA